CAGUUAUGUUAUAGAUUGUUGUAAUAUAAGCCGCUGUUAUGACUUGACAAAACAUUUGUUUGUUUAACUCUUUAGCACCUAAUUACAUUCCCAUUUUGCGCUUCCCAGAAAGCUUCUGACUUUAUAUACACCUCUUCUCCAACUUGUUCAUAAAAAACUACGUUUCCGGCUGUCCAAAGACUGGAAAACCUUAAUUAGGCAAUAUUUAACGUCACAUUUAGCCCACUAAUCCCAUAAGACCAUAAGCAAAAUACACUUUACACAGCUUAGUGAGCCCAAAAACAGCGAACGAAAGCAGCUCAAGGGUCGUUCGACUCGCCUGGUCUGGGCCAACUCAGAUGUUUGUAAACAAAUAAAACAAAACGCGGCUGAGAGAGGCGGUGGGGAUAAAGACCACUUGCUGCUCGGUGCGCAAUUGGCUUGAAAUGCAGCACGGCAAAGAGAGCGAACAAACCAAAACAUAGAGCCGAAUCCCGAAUCCACCGACUUGGCCACCUGGCUGCACUCAUCGCCAGUCUCACAGAAGCGCUCAAAGCGUUCGGUCAGCCCAGCCAAGCGGAGUCCCAGCCAAUCCAGCCAAGAAAGAAACAAACAAAAUAAGAAAGAAAUCACGCCGAAGAAAAGGCGACUUGGAGUGACUUUCGUGCUGGAGAAAGGCCUAGUAGACCCACGGCACAUAAGCAUAUCUGCAUUUUUGCAAGCCUAGCACAGCAGUCACAACCGACCAAAACGGCCACAUUUCACUACCGAUUAUUAUUCAUUAUGCGGUGACAUUGAUUCUUGGGGCCAACGUGCAUUGUCAUCGCUGGUUCAGGGCUAUCGGGAUUACCAGUUGGUGGACCCAAAAACCAGUUGAAGGGCAACGAGACCAGCAGCUGAACGCCGAGAGAAACUCGGCGCGCAUGCGUCCACGUGCAUAAGUCACUCAAGCCCAUUGAGUCUUCUCUUUGAGCCUUUCCGUUGGCCAACUGGAGAAACUGGGUCGAGAACGAGACUUGGCCACAUGCUGCUCAAACUGUGGGUGCGCGGAAGUGUUAAGUUGGUUGAACAAAUGACAAUUGCAUCACAUAACCAGCCGCAUAAAAGGCAACAUAAAUGCGCUAACUAACUAACCACAAUAAACGAAAAAUGUGUAAGAAACCCAUGGGUAAAAUUGGCAAACGUUCGAGUUGUGUGAAAAUAAUAACAACGCGGUCCAGCCGAUAACACAAAAGCCACGCUUUGUUCGCGAAUCGUGGGUAAAAAACCAAAAACCGAAAACCGAAAAUCAAACAACGCAGCUAGCCAAUAAAUAAGCACUAGCCAACAAAAACCAAUAAUACAAGAAGCAAAAGUAAUAUAUAAAAGAAAAUCGUAGUGGGCAACAUUCGCGAAAUGUCCAAGCAGUUGAAAACAAAUUCACUUUCGUUGCUGCAUUGCCAGGCAGCGCUGCUGCUGCUGUUUUGUGUGGCAGCGCUGCAGGCACAACAGGCGCAGCAAAUAGUGCAGCAGCAGCAGCAGCAACAGCAACUGCCAGCUGGUGUUGCAGCGACGACAGCCGCAACAUCGCCUGCCAGCAGCAACAUGAGACUCUUGAACGCAACUUCAGCUGGUGUCGCCGCCACUUUCAUCGACAACACCAGCAGCAAUGCCAGCAGAAACAACCACAUGGUCCAAAACAAUGAAAAUCCCGCCUCCUUUGAGCAGCAACAGCAGCAGCAACAGCAGCAGCAACAAGCUACUGUGCAAUAUGCACAUAUAUCGCCAUCAGAUAAAGAAGUAGUCGAGCGCCUGAUCAAACAGUGGGCACCGAUCGUCUGGCUGGCGCCGGAGGAGAAAUUCAUGCCGCUGGGCGUGGAGGAGUUUCUGCAGUAUGUUCAUCCCAUGGACAAGGAUAGCAACUUCCGGCCAGGAGUUCCGUUUCGAGAGUAUUCAACGAAAUCCCACCUGGUCACCAACAAUGAAGUCCAGGAGCUGCUGAGCAACGACAAAUCCUUUCUGUACGGACGAAAUCCUAAUGAGAAAGCUGUGCCCAUCUAUGGAGUGGUCAACUUGUGUCCUUCGACGAGGGCACCGCCAAUGCCGGUUGUGCCCACACCGCCACCCACUACCACACGAGGCGUCUACAUUCCCGUGUCCAUUGAUCCGCUGGAGGAACGCAAUGACACUAUUCGGAGAUCGUCCAGGCUGUUCCCACUCUUCCAGCGAGUUAAACGGGAGUCCCCAACCGUGGCCCAGUACAAUCAACUCAAUGAGUAUGAAGAACUCGUGAUGGAAGCUACACAAAAGCCCAAUGUACAGCAGGAUUCCGAGCCAGAUCCGGAAAACGGAGUACCAGUGAACAAUUUUAUAGCCAACCUGGCGGACAAUGUGAAGUUCAGCGGCGGCACUGAUUCCGAUGACAAUCUGGAGGAGAACAGCAUUGGCCAGGCGCCCGAAAAGGAGGAGGGCUCAGGAAAGGGCAAGCUGCCGGGUUUCCAUGUGACAUACUGGAUGUUUUAUCCCUAUAGUCAGGGUAAGACCAUGUGCACCGUGAGCUUGGGUCCUCUGGGAAGGAUUCCCUUCCCGGCUGUGUAUGGAUAUUGUCUGGGCAAUCGUAAGGAUAUCGGCAGCCACGUGGGCGAUUGGGAGCACAUGAGCCUCUAUUUCAACGGCGAUGCCGAGCCGCAGGCCAUGUAUGUGUCCGCCCACGAUGCGGGAGCCUAUUACAGCUAUAACCGGUUGACGGGAUCCUUCGAGUUCCGACGCCAGGAGACGCGCAAGGGUAUCUUGCAGCGCCCCAACUUCCCCAAAACGGUGACAACCUUCAAGAACCAUCCAGUUCUGUUUGCCGCCAAGGGUUCACAUGGUCUAUGGACCGCGCCAGGAAAGCAUCGCUUUGUUAAGGUGGCACGCCUUUAUGAUAUUAAUGGAUUCGGAACGCCAUGGAAUACUUGGAAGGCCGUGGACAUAAGCUACGAGAACCUGAGAUCCUAUGGUCGAUCGCUGGUGCCGGAUUGGCUCACAUAUCGCGGCAAAUGGGGUAAUCCCCAGAGCCAUUGCCAUCCCUUCCGGCGGAUCGGUUUGAAUUUCUGUGAGUUUACGGAUGGACCCACGGGAAUUCCCCUCAAGGAACCCCACUUUCAAUGCGGUGCUGAUUAUCGCUAGCGACGCAGUCGGAAAAUAGGACCCUUGCCUAGGCUUAGUCUAAUGUUUAAAAAAGUAUUUAUUGUGAAAACCACCCAAAAAGAUCCCUUAAAGAUUAAAAA